CAAGACUUAAGAGAACGGCAUUCCAGAAUAAACGUUUAAGGGAAUAAACGUUUAAAGGAGCUCUGGAAUUACGUUUACAUAAUUCAGUUGUUGGAGAAGCAACGUUAUCGAAUCAGACUUUUACAAGAGAAACAUAAGUAAACGUUUAUGGUGGCAACGACCCUGUUUAAUAUUUGUCAUUGAUGAAGUUCGCCAGUGUGAGACUUACCACUUAGGUUAUGUGUCAGGGUACGACGUUAGUGGCACACUGAGACUGACUUGGUUGGCUGAGAGGAGGGAUACGCAGAGAUGGUAAAAAGCCCUUCACAAUGGAAACAUGUCUAGGCUGUGUCUUAGGCAGUUGUGGGUACUGAGUUGUGGUGGUGCAGAGUGGUGUGAGGCAUGAAGGAAGCUCCACCACCGUCACUUGCGAACACACUCUUGUGACCAAAGUCUGGCCCUAAACAAUAACAUCUUUCCCAGCGUUCUCUGGGUUUUUCUUAACCUUAAAACUAUUUUUUUUGUUAAUACCCGCCCCAGCUUUUCCUAGUUGGUGGUCCACAAGCCUGAAAUCCGUUACGUUCCUGACUGAGGUGUCACGACUCCAGUAUUUAUUCUUUGUCACCUUUCCCAACCCUAGCUAUCUGAAACCCCGUCAACCUCAGGCCACCUCACUGGUAAAACUCGCUUCCGAUAUCAGGAAAAAAAAUUCACAUUUCCAAUAUCGGAAAUACUCGUCAAAACGCAAAAUAAUCCCGUCAACCCAUCGUCAUCAGUAGAACAAAGACAGCUCCUUCAUCUACCUCCUUUCGCAACACUGCUAGUGAUCUUAUUAUGCUGUCACUAUCAAUAAGUCUUUUAACUUGUCUUAGUCGGCAGGUUCACUCUGUUCACGAUCCGGUGUGAUCUGUGGUACUAGAGAGAUCUACAACCUCGCUUCCCUGUGCCUCUCAGAGCGUCGGUGCCUUCAAUAAAAUGUCAGUUUAUAUGGCUAAGUAAUCUUCGUGGAUACUGUAGAGUGAGUCACGCGAACUUUGUGUGUAUCACUGAUAAGUUUCAGAAAGGUAGUGAAUUGUCAUGAGUUUACGAUAAACUGUUAAUUAAGUGGAGAAACUUUAGUAAGUGCCCCAUUGAAUUAUGAGAGAUAUUGGUGAAGAGAAUUUCAGUGUCUUAACGCAAUGUCUGCGAAAUGGCAUAUAACCUACUAACAGUAAGUGGUGAUGAGGGGCUUGGUGUUCUUAUCUAUAAUUCCCAGAGUAGAGGAAUGACACCGAAGGAUUUUGUGCAACAGAAAGUGUUAAGUGUCUUACUGCAGUGGCCACUCCGUAUUCCGCAGUGAGCUUUGUGCAAGAUUUUAAACGGUGCUCUUGACGGUUUCUGUUUAUAUUAAGGAAAAAUAAUAUAAUUUCAGAAACCCAUAGAAGAAGUAGAAUUUUGGAAAGCUGUAAAUUAAGGACUGUGAGUUCGAGUGAUUUUUUUUACUAUAAUAAGUGCGUGUUACAACUGCUUAUUAAUGAACACAUUCUUAAUCAUUAUAUGAGGAUAAAAUCUGGUGUUAAACAGCAACUUUUUGACUUGAUAUUUCCGUAAUUUCUGUUGACUUUUCGACUACUGCUGUAACCUGUGAUGGCCAGCGAUAACUUGCAUUUAACCCUGGCGAUACCUGGGUACCUCCCAUAAUCUCUGGUUACUUGUUUUUUUGCUGGUAACCUCUUGUAGCUUCUUAGUGAACACGAUGGUGCGGGUGUCGUGGGGCGGCGAGGUGGUGAUCGCUGACCUGGCUCACGUGGCGGGAGAUGGCGGCAACGGCGGGGAUGGGGAUCGUUCACGCCCCAUCAACGGUCCCCCUACGUCCACUAGCACCACGCCACUCACCGUCACGCCCACCACCUCGGCCACACCUUCCGAGACGCCCACAAUAUCCCCAGCUCCCACCCUGUCUACGCCUCCCACCGUCUCUCCACUCCCUCGAGCUCCAACAGCCAUAGUGGAAGCCAUGUCUGACGGAGACGAGAGCGCCGUUUCGACCUCCUUCUCCGACGAUCACAGGUCCCUGAGGGACGACCUCCGAGACGACUUCAGCUCGCCGCGGCCGCAGCCUCGCAGUCCACGUCGUAGGCUGGAGAAGAACCACAUCCUCAAGGUGGUGUCCGAUGACGCCAAUAAUAACGGGAACGGAAACGGGGACAUUACCAUCAGCAGCGACGAAUACCGCCGAUUCCUGACGCUUAAAGGAAGUCCCCCUGACGCCAAAACUAAGGAAAAGGUGGCACCCAAGCCCCUUCCAGCUGAGGAUGAUAUCCUCAGGUCCAUGGAUCGCAUGCUGGCCACUCUGAGUGACUUGGAGGACGACCUUGAGCCUAUAGACGGCGUCGAGACCGAAUCCGACUCAGAUUCUGACGAGGCCGAGGCUAGGAGAGAACUGCUGACUGACAAAUGGCGUCAAUUGUUUGACAAGUUCGACCUUGAGGGGUUCGGGGAGAUCCCGUGGCCAGACUUCAGGAACGCGCUGGUACACCCUGAGUUCGUGGCUGCCGUGGACGUCUGUAAGAGAGAACAACUGGCGGCUAAGGCUCUCACUCCCUCCACCUCUGCCAUCACUUUCCAGGACUUCGUCAAUGUGAUUUCUCAGUGCAUCAUCAGGAGCUAUGCAAGUCAACAACUGAAGCAGGGGAAGUUUUCUCAGGGUAAUGCAGUGUGGGUGUGUCACCGGCCACAGCUUCUUUCAGAAUGUGGAGACAACGGUCAGUGCCAACCCCGUACCACCACCAUCGCUCUACUCCCCAUAUGGGCUUAUGUUGAACAACUAGCCCCUGUUCUACAAGCUUGCUUUGAACAACUAGCCCGUGUUAUACAAGCUUAUGUUGAACAACUAGCCCGUGUUCCGCAAGCUUAUGUUAAACAACUAGCCCGUGUUCCGCAAGCUUAUGUUGAACAACUAGCCCGUGUCCCGCAAGCUUAUGUUGAACAACUAGCCCGUGUUCUAAAAGCUUAUGUCGAACAACUAGCCCGUGUUCUGCAAGCUUACGUUGAACAACUAGCCCGUGUUCUGCAAGCUUAUGUUGAACAACUAGCCCGUGUUCUACAAGCUUAUGUUGAACAACUAGCCCGUGUUCCGCAAGCUUAUGUUGAACAACUAGCCCGUGUUUUAAAAACUUAUGUUGAGCAACUAGCCCGUGUUCUGCAAGCUUAUGUUGAACAACUAGCCCACAUUCUGCAAGCUUAUGUUGAACAUCUAGCCCGGGUUUUGCAAGCUUAA